AUGGAACAGGACAACGGUCUGGGCAUUAUGUCUAUGAAGAGAUACCGUCAUAGUUCCUCCAAUUCCUCCAAUCAGGAGAAAGACAAUAAAACAUUGAGCAAAUGGAGAGUUGGCCUUCUGACACAGGACUACCCAAAGAAAAAUGGGGAGAUUAUCAGUGGCCAGUACGGGAUCAAUUUGCUGCUCUUCGGGAUUGCGUUGAUGCUGGGCGUCUCGUACCACGGCCAUUCCAUCAAGGAAAAGCACCUCUUGUCCUUCAUCACGACUAUCAUGCUUGUGCAGCUGGUCUGGAUGCUGUGGUACAUCGUGAGAAGGGCCAGGCAGAAAAAAGCGCAAGGCGGUCGCACCGAAAAGGAUUCGCACGUUGGCACCAGUUGGCUUAAAGGUGGGCUAACAAUUCUAGCUUUACUUUCGCUGAUUAUGGAUGCUUUUAAGAUCGGGCAUUAUGUGGGCUACAGAGCGUGCGUGUCGGCAGUUCUGGGAGUUUACCCCGUUGUCCACGUGAUUCACACAAUAUCACAGGUACAUUUCCUUUGGUUUCAUAUCAAGGACGUGAUCAAGACAUUUGAGACGUUUGAAAGGUUUGGAGUGAUCCAUGCUGUCUUUACCAACCUGCUUUUGUGGUGCAAUGGGGCCAUGACUGAAUCGGCGCAUUCCCUGGAGAGCCACAAAAAAAGGCUCGUUGCACUGGGGUUUGUGAACUACACUGAAGAUCACCACAAGCCAUACUGCAACUGUACCACCAACGCCUGCUCCGUGUUCUCCAACAGUCUCUACUACCUGUACCCCUUCAACAUCGAGUACCACAUCAUCGUCUCCGCCAUGCUCUUUGUCAUGUGGAAGAACAUUGGCCGCACCAUCGACCACCACCACCAUGCUAAGGAGGCGCCGGUCGCCAGGACUGCGGGGUUGGUGGUGGGCCCCAUCCUGGGCCUGGUUGCCCUGGCCAGCACCAUCGGCGUCCUGGUGGCCUACCUGAUCCAGGUGGAGGACUCGCUGGAGACCCGCAACUCCGCCAUAUCAAUGUUCUACUACCACGGCAUCGGCAUGCUGGUGAGCAUGUGCAUGGCCAGCACGGUGGGCCUGCUCAUCUACAGGACCUACAACCUGCCACUGGACUCCUCGAAAAACCCCUCCCGCCAGCUGGACAAGGAGCUGCUGUGUGGCUCCUCGGUGGGCACCUGGCUCAUGGCCUGGUGCAGCAUUGUGGCGGCGGUGGCGGCUCACAGCUCUCCCAGCUACCGCUGGCCCAACCUGGCCUACUCUCUGCUGCUGGUCCUGGAGAAGUACGUCCAGAACCUCUUCAUCAUUGAGUCGCUGUACCGCAAGGAGGAGGAGGAGGAGGAGGGCCCUGCGACACUGUCCGGGGUGUUCACCAUGACGGCUGCGUCCCAGGCACCGCCCUACGACGGCAUCAUUAAUCGGGCCUUCAUGAACCAGGACGUCGACCUCGAGGAGAACGGAUAUUUGUACUGCCGGCAGAGAUCUACAGAAGCACCUCCCUCAGCGGCCCCCAGGGGGCCUAAGAAAAAGAGCAGGAGGAAACAGAUUCUGAGGAACAUCGCUGUUUUCCUGAUCUUAUGCAACAGCGCACUGUGGUUGCUACCGGCGUUUGGCUGUCGGCCCCAGUACGAUAACGGAUUGGAGCAGGAGACGUUCGGCUACGUCAUUUGGACCAUGGUGCUGAACUUUGCCAUGCCUCUGAACCUCUUCUACCGAAUGCACUGUGUAGCAUCGCUCUUUGAAGUGUUCCAGAAUGUGUGA